UGGGAGGGGGGGUGUGAACAGGGAGAAGCACCCGAGGAACUGAUCAUCAAAGGGCAAGAAGAAUCCUCUAGUAGACGAGAGGGGGCAUGCUGAAUGCUGCUGGCACUGCCAGCCACUUGCGGUGCCCACACAGGAAGCAUGUCCACCCGGCCGGCCGCACCGGAGAAGUAACGCAACCCAUGUGCGGCUUCUGCUCCUCGGAUCAUCAGUGGAUGGAUGUGGAAAGUAGGAGCUAGGAAGCAGCAGGAAGCAGGCACCAGCCAUGGAUUGCAGCCUGCUGAGGAGCAUCAUCACCAGAUACUGUACUGGAGAAGAAAAUUGGGUAGACAAUCGCACUAUUUAUGUCGGACACAAGGAACCUCCUCCAGGCACUGAAGCUUACAUUCCUCAGAGGUAUCCAGAUAACAGGAUCGUCUCCUCAAAGUACACAUUUUGGAACUUUAUACCCAAAAACCUGUUUGAACAGUUCAGAAGAAUAGCAAAUUUUUACUUUCUAAUUAUUUUCCUUGUACAGCUUAUCAUUGAUACCCCAACCAGUCCAGUAACCAGUGGCCUGCCACUAUUCUUUGUUAUCACUGUGACUGCAAUUAAGCAGGGAUACGAAGACUGGCUAAGGCACAAAGCAGAUAAUGCUAUGAACCAGUACUCUGUCCAUGUUAUCCAGCAUGGCAAAUUGGUCCGAAAACAAAGUCAGAAACUUAGGGUUGGAGACAUUGUUAUGGUGAAAGAAGAUGAAGUCUUCCCAUGUGACAUGGUACUGCUAUCCUCGAGUAGGGAGGACGGCACAUGUUUUGUUACAACCGCUAGUUUGGAUGGAGAAUCCAGUCACAAGACAUAUUUUUCUGUUCAAGACACAAAAGCGUUUCACAAUGAACAGGAAAUGGACACGUUGCACGCUACCAUAGAGUGUGAACAACCUCAGCCUGAUCUUUACAAAUUUGUUGGUCGGAUCAACAUUUAUAAUGAAACAGAGGACCCCACUGCCAGGCCUCUAGGAUCAGAACAUCUGCUACUUCGUGGUGCUACGUUAAAGAACACUGAAAGAAUUUUUGGUGUUGCUAUAUACACUGGAAUGGAAACCAAGAUGGCAUUAAAUUACCAGUCCAAAUCACAGAAAAGAUCCGCUGUUGAAAAGUCAAUGAAUGCUUUUCUCAUUGUGUACCUGUGUAUUCUGAUCAGCAAAGCCUUAAUUAACACUGUGCUUAAGUACGUGUGGCAGAGCGAGGCUUUCCGAGAUGAGCCCUGGUACAACCAAAAGACGGACUCUGAAAGACAAAGAAAUGUGUUUAUCAGAGCUUUCACAGACUUUCUGGCUUUCAUGGUCCUUUUCAACUACAUUAUCCCUGUCUCUAUGUACGUCACUGUGGAAAUGCAGAAAUUUCUGGGUUCUUAUUUCCUCACCUGGGAUGAGGAGAUGUUUGAUGAGACAACAGGAGAAGGUCCACUUGUGAACACGUCAGAUCUGAAUGAAGAGCUCGGACAGGUUGAAUAUAUAUUUACGGACAAGACUGGAACGCUAACAGAGAACAACAUGGAGUUUAUUGAAUGUUGCAUUGAAGGUCACGUGUACAUACCACAUGUCAUCUGCAACGGGCAGAUCCUUCCCGACUGCAUGGGCAUCGACAUGAUUGAUUCAUCACCAGGAUCUGGAGGAAAAGAGAGAGAAGACCUCUUCUUUCGUGCGCUCUGCCUAUGCCACACUGUCCAAGUAAAAGAUGAAGACCAUGUUGAUGGGGAACGGAAAUCUAGUCAGUCUGGCAAAUCCAGUGUGUAUAUUUCUUCCUCUCCUGAUGAAGUAGCUCUUGUUGAAGGUAUACAACGACUUGGCUAUACAUUUUUGAGACUGAAGGACAAUUACAUGGAGAUCUGUAAUAGAGAAAAUGACAUUGAAAGGUUUGAAUUACUCCAAGUUUUGACAUUUGAUUCUGUAAGGAGGUGUAUGAGUGUCAUAGUGAAAUCCGCUUCAGGUGACAUAUUCUUAUUUUGUAAAGGGGCAGAUUCUUCUAUAUUUCCCAGAGUCAGGGAAGGCAAGGUCGAUCAAAUUCGAGCCAGAGUUGAACGCAAUGCUGUGGAAGGCCUGAGGACUUUGUGCAUUGCAUAUAAAAGGUUUUCACAAGAAGAGUAUGAAGCUGCUGAAAAAUUGCUCACCAGUGCACAUCUAGCCCUGCAGAACAGAGAGAAGAAGCUAGCAGAGGCCUACGAACAAAUAGAGCAGAACCUCAUCUUACUGGGUGCCACCGCCGUAGAAGACAGACUCCAGGAAAAAGCAGCUGAUACCAUUGAAGCGUUACAGAAAGCUGGCAUUAAAGUAUGGGUACUGACAGGGGACAAAAUGGAGACGGCUGCUGCCACCUGUUAUGCCUGCAAACUGUUCAGAAGAAAUACUCAGCUGCUGGAGCUGACAACUAAGAAAAUAGAGGAGCAGAGUUUACAUGAUGUGCUCUUCGAGUUAAGUAAGACUGUCCUGAGGCACAGCGAAAGCUUAACCAGAGACAAUUUCUCAGGGUUUUCAACAGAUUUCCAAGAUUACGGAUUAAUUAUUGAUGGAGCCGCACUUUCAUUAAUAAUGAAACCCAGAGAAGAUGGGAGCUCUACAAAUUACAGAGAGGUCUUCCUGGAGGUCUGCAGGAACUGUAGCGCAGUAUUGUGCUGCCGAAUGGCCCCUCUGCAGAAAGCACAGAUUGUAAAAUUAAUAAAGGCAUCAAAAGAACGUCCGAUUACGCUUGCAAUAGGAGAUGGUGCAAAUGAUGUCAGCAUGAUCCUUGAAGCACAUGUUGGAAUUGGUGUCAUUGGGAAGGAAGGACGACAGGCAGCCAGGAACAGCGACUAUGCAAUCCCUAAAUUCAAGCAUUUAAAAAAGAUGCUGCUUGUCCAUGGCCAUUUUUAUUAUGUUAGAAUAGCAGAGCUUGUCCAAUACUUUUUUUAUAAGAAUGUCUGCUUUAUUUUCCCCCAGUUUUUAUACCAGUUCUUCUGUGGAUUUUCACAACAGCCUUUAUAUGACACCGCAUAUUUGACUCUGUACAAUAUCAGCUUCACUUCACUGCCUAUCCUAUUGUAUAGUCUAAUUGAGCAACAUGUCAGUAUGGAAGUGCUGAAAAGAGACCCAACACUAUACAGAGACAUUGCAAAGAAUGCACUUCUGCGCUGGCGGCUUUUUAUUUAUUGGACCUUCCUGGGAUUGUUCGAUGCCGUAGUGUUUUUCUUUGGGGCUUAUUUCAUUUUUGACAAUGUCACUGUGACUAGCAAUGGGCAGAUGCUGGGAAACUGGACCUUUGGAACACUGGUCUUUACUGUCCUGGUAUUUACAGUGACACUCAAGCUUGCACUGGAUACACAGUACUGGACUUGGAUAAACCACUUUGUCAUUUGGGGAUCACUUGUUUUCUACAUAGUUUUUUCUUUGCUUUGGGGAGGAAUUGUCUGGCCUUUUCUCAAUUAUCAGAGGAUGUAUUAUGUGUUCAUGCAGAUGUUGUCCAGUGGUCCUGCAUGGCUGGGCAUUGUCCUCCUUAUUACAGUCAGUCUCCUCCCUGAUGUUCUCAAGAAGGUUUUAUGCCGACAGUUGUGGCCUACAGCAACAGAAAGGAUCCAGAAUGCUUCCAGCCUGUCUCAGGACCACGUUUCUGAGUUCACACCUCUAGCCUCCAUGCCGAGCCCAAACUACCAAAGCAACGAGUUGAACAGUGAUGCGGCCAGCAGGUCAAAUUAUUAUUCUAAAAAAGUGAUGCUCACUCACUGGCAAAGCAAUGAUUUUUUCAAACUCCCAUCCCUCUUUGGCUAUUCCAAUACCCGCUAUAGUUCCAGCACGGGCUCAUACCUCAGCAGGUCAGGCUUAGAAACAUCCGUGUGACACAUCACCACUGCAAGCCUUUACAAACUCUUUAUUUUUAUUUUAUAAUUUGGGAGAUGCAGCAAAAUGAUUGUCUAGUAAAACUGUAGCCUCUUGGACACCAACUUGCUGUCUGACCAUAAGAGUGAUUGCUCCUUUCUUGGCCAGUGGGCCUGGUGGUUAUCUUUUUUAAAACACUGCAGCAAAGAACAAUUUUCACAGUCUGGUACUGUGUGACUGAUAGCACUGUACAUUUCCCUGUUCCCUGUCCGGAGAUUUCUGUGGUUUAUUAGUCAUGUCCGCUUUCUUUGUUUUAUACUACUGAAUCUUUUGUGUGGAUGAUUUCUACUACAUGUUGUAGUCAACAAGUUGAUAUUUGAUGGAGCACAAUAUGUCAUCUAACUGAAGAUCCUCCUCUCUCUUUCUCUCCUCUGCUGGUACCAAAAGAACAAGCUGGUGUUUCUCUUGUGCUCAUUUCUUUUCAAGAAACUCUGUCUAAGGCUCCUUUCAUUGUAAGUUGCCAAAUAUGUUCAUGUAAUACCUGUGUCUCCUGGUAGCUUUCCCUAGGACCUCUUAGAUGUGUCGUCUGUCCAUCGACAUCCACUGUUUCUUACAAGCUGUGCAUAUUCAGAUGUGCUGUUACAUUGCUGAAAAAGACAUCUCAUGAAGCUCUAUAAAAUACAAUAAAUGUUUAAAAAUGAAAAAAAAAGACAUUGUUCAAAGUCCACAUGUAAAAAUGUCUUCACUGAAUGAAUGUCAUUGUUUGGAUUAUAUUUAUACAUGUAGCAGGGCUAAAGUUGUAAGCUGAUUACAAUACUGCUUCCAGGAUUAGAUGACAAUCUUUGACAGUCUGAUAUAUCUGUAGUUUAUUGCGUUGGGCCUUCCCCCCUCUACAUCGUAAUACUAUGUGUAAUAAAGCUGUCAUAUGUUGUGAUAACCUCAGCUAUGCUUCUAUGUUAUGAGCAUCCAAGACCAAAUUUGUAGAGAGGAUCCAAUAUCUGCAAAAUUAAGGAAAUAAUAAAAGAAAAUGUUCUCUGUGA